GCGCCAAGAAGGCCGAAAAUGUUCCCACCGGGGACCCCUUCGACACCAGCGCCGUCGACAUCGCGAAGCUCCUCCACGUCUUCCGACACACUCUCCCACCCCGCCAGCUCCGGACCAGCAGCCGUCGAGACGAAACGCACAAUCCCUCAGACGUCCUCGACGAAUUGAGCUUCCGAACCCCACCCCACUCCGUUUCCGAAACAAUCCGACCGCCCGAGUCUCGACCUUCGGUAACGAGUAGAAGUAAAAGAAGAGUAAAAAAGAAAAGAAAAAAAAGAACAACAAAAUGGCCUCCCUCGCCGCCUCUUUCCGGUCAUUGACCCUCACGACCGCGCGCGCAACGAUCCCCCGCCUCGGGGCUCCGGCGACGGCCUCGCGCGCCCUGUCGACGGCGGUCCUGACCAAGAAGCCGGCGCAGAGGAGCGAGUCGGUGCUCGCGGCGUUCGGGCAGAAGGCCGCGGCCGUGGGCAGCGCGGUGGUGCAGCAGACGAGGGGGAUGAAGGUGCACAGCUCCGUCAAGAAGAGGUGCGAGCACUGCAAGGUCGUCCGACGCAAGGCGGGCAAGAGGCACAACGGGUACCUGUACGUCAUUUGCAAGGCGAACCCCAGACACAAGCAACGUCAGUCUUGAGAGGUUGACCAGCCUCCCGGCUCGGAGGGUCGAGGAGGCGGAACCGGCGUGGCCUGUGUAUGAGAGGAGUCUGUACAACCACCGAGAGGAAGCGCGAGAGAAGGCAGGGUUAGGGUGCGAGGGGUUCGGGCAACACAGACAGCGUCCCAUCCUGUGGGAUAGACCCAGGUCCAAGGCGGGUGGCGAUAGAUCUCGUGGUCCAGAGAGCAGAAGAAAAGAACUCCCGCUGGUCACCGGGCAUGCAUCUUUUGCGGCAUCGAACAGGGCAGCAAAAGGUUCAUGCCCCUGUAUUAUACAAGUACAUACAUCUACACAAGCAACUCUACAUUUCCGUCACG